AUGCUCAAGAACUGUAAGGAGUGCCAGGGCGACGCCAAGAGCUGCGCGUCAUGUCCCCCCGGCCGGUACGGCCAAUGGUGCGAGGAACGCUGCCAGUGCCAGAACGGGGGAACCUGCGACCCCAAGACAGGAGCCUGCGCCUGCCCGCCCUCUUUUGUCGGCACCCACUGCGAGCAGUUUUCAGGAUGCAAGCCGCCUCAGAUAGGCCAACGUGCAGGUGACUCUGGACCCCCCGAGACGCCGACGGUCUCCUACUUCGCCUGUGAACGCGGCUUCUACCUGAUGGGUGCCACCACCGCCACCUGCCUGGGGAACGGAGCGUGGAGCGAACCAAGCCCUAAAUGCGAACGGCUAUCGUUCUGUCCGGAUCUGGGCCGCGUGGUUAACGGCCGCCUCAAGGAACAGCGCAUUACCUUCCUGGCGGGCGGAGACAACCCCUACGCCAACGGCAGCACGGUCGAGGUAGUGUGCGACGAUCGUUACGACUUGGUCGGAGAGCCCGUACUCGAGUGCAGAGACGACGGGACGUGGUCGGCCAGCAUACCCACCUGCGUUAAAGUCUCCGAGAACCAUGUCAACUGGUGA